UCGUCUCAACUUUCCCUCGCUUACUGGCGUAUGGAUGCUCGGUUCACCUCUGCUGAGUUUUUAUUCUCGGAUACACUACCAACUAUGCCUAUUAUUGAAAUCCCAAAGGAGCAAUGCGCGCAAGUACUCGAAAAGCCCGGAGGGCUGGUGGUUCAUAAGAAAAUCCCGGUGCACAUGCCAGGCCCUGAUGAGGUCUUGGUUAAUGUGAAGUACUCGGGCGUCUGUCACACCGAUUUACACGCCAUGAUGGGCGAUUGGCCGCUGAAGAGGAAGAUACCUCUAGUUGGUGGUCACGAAGGCGCUGGUGUCGUGGUCGCCAAGGGUGAGCUUGUCAAGGACUUAGAGAUUGGUAACCACGCCGGGAUCAAAUGGCUGAAUGGUUCUUGCCUCCACUGCACUUUCUGCUUGCAAGGCGACGAGCAGCUCUGUCCUCAGGCUCUCCUCUCCGGCUACACCGUCGACGGCACUUUCCAGAAAUAUGCUAUUGCCAAGGCGGCACAUAUCACCCGCAUCCCUAGCGAGUGUAACUUGGAAGACGUUUGCCCAAUCCUCUGCGCAGGACUCACUGUCUACAAGGGGUUCAAGGAAUCUGGCGUCCGCGCGGGGCAAUACGUUGCUAUAGUUGGCGCAGGUGGUGGCCUCGGAUGCUUCGCUCUACAGUACGCUAAGGCCAUGGGUAUCCAUAGUAUCGCAAUCGACGCAGGCAACGACAAAUCCAAAGCAUGCAAAGAUCUGGGCGCAGCGGCGUUCGUCGACUUCCAAAAGUCCUCGGAUAUUGCCGCGGAUGUUAGGGCUGCGGUCCCAGACGGGUUCGGACCCCAUGCUGUCCUCGUGCUCGCAACCCACGAACAGCCAUUCCAGCAGGCGUAUAACUAUGUUAGAUCGCACGGCAGCGUCGUGUGUAUUGGUAUGCCGGGCCAUGCACAUCUUAAAGCACCAAUCUUUGACACUGUCGUUCGCAUGGUCAACAUCAAAGGCAGUUAUGUGGGGAACCGUCAGGACGCGGCCGAGGCUAUUGAAUUCUUCCGACUUGGCCUAAUUAAAGCGCCGCACAAGCUUGUUGGUUUGAGUGAGCUACAGGAUGUAUAUGAUAUGAUGCUUAAGGAUGAGGUUGUGGGUCGUAUGGCUGGUCAAAAGAUCGUUCUACUUUAUAACCUGGCUGCCUCCAAGCCGUGGCUUGUCUUAUCAAGUGAGGUUGUUGCCCUCUGCGCGAUUGGAGACAUCUGGUCCGAAUAA